UCAGAUUCCCGAGAGAGUCUAAACGCCCAGCCCCAGGGUGUCCUCCCACGACUACCAGGCCUAUUCCGCUACGCGGGUCGGCCAGUCGCGCAGGCGCCUUCAGGCCUUCGCGCCUGCGUACUCGGCGACCUCCCGCCCGCACCAUGAAGGUGCUUCGGCGCGCUUGGCGGCGCCGGGUGGCACUGGGCCUCGGCGGCUUGGCGUUUUGCAGCACCACGCUCUUGUACUUGGCGCACUGCGCUUCUGAGGGCGAGACGCACGCCGCCGGCGGAGCCGCUCGACCCCGCGCUAAGGCCUUUCUGGCAGUACUAGUGGCCAGUGCGCCCCGCGCGAUCGAGCGCCGCACCGCGGUGCGCAACACGUGGCUGGCACAGGGGAGUCGCGGCGGCCCCACGGACGUGUGGGCGCGCUUCGCUGUGGGCACAAGCGGCCUAAACUCAGAGGAGCGGCGCGCUCUCGAGCUUGAGCAGGCACAGCACGGGGACCUGCUGCUGCUGCCCGCCUUGCGCGAUGCCUACGAGAACCUCACGGCCAAGGUCCUGGCCAUGCUGACCUGGCUGGAUGAGCGCGUGGACUUUGAAUUCGUGCUCAAGGCAGAUGACGACUCUUUUGCGCGCCUGGACGCUCUGAUGGCGGAGCUACGUGCACGUGAGCCUGCACGCCGCCGACGCCUCUACUGGGGCUUCUUUUCUGGGCGUGGGCGCGUCAAGCCCGGAGGUCGCUGGCGAGAAGCCGCCUGGCAACUCUGUGACUACUACCUGCCCUACGCUCUGGGCGGUGGGUAUGUCCUCUCCGCGGACCUGGUGCAUUACCUGCGCCUCAGCCGGGAAUACCUGCGCUUGUGGCACAGUGAAGACGUGUCGCUGGGCACCUGGCUAGCACCAGUGGAUGUGCAGCGGGAGCACGACCCACGCUUUGACACGGAGUACAAAUCUCGAGGCUGCAGCAAUCAGUACUUGGUAACACACAAACAGAGCCCGGAGGACAUGCUGGAGAAGCAGCAGACGCUGCUGCAUGGGGGCCAGUUGUGCAAGCACGAGGUGCAGUUGCGCCUCUCCUAUGUUUAUGACUGGUCAGCGCCACCCUCCCAGUGUUGCCAGCGUAAGGAGGGUAUUCCCUGAUGUCAUUCCAGCCGCUGUGGCCUCUCCAAAAACAGGCCAGGCCGCUUGAACAAUCUGACCAGUUUUCUGAUCUAAGCCUGGGCUAUCCAUUACUGUUGAGGCCCGUUGCGCCGCGUGUGCUCGUUGUUAGUGGUCUUGUGUAAGGCCUGCGUAAGGGCAUCUGGUUAUGAGUUUGGAAGCUGCAUCUACACCCCCCCACACACACACACACAUUCCCUGGCCCGCUGUAGUGCCACCUAUGAGCCGUCUGGGCGGGAGGGCAGAGCCCACCUCACUUGCUGAGCUUAUAGUGCUCUCAUUCUGCCCCUACUUGGAUUCUGUUGCUCACUGUUGAAUGUUCUGCAUAGACGCACCUGCAGAGCAUGUUGAAUUAAUUUGUAUAUUACUAUCAAAAUGUUAUUUGCCAAAAUUGUCAUUGUAUUGUUUGGACAAAGUUCCAUUCUGUUGUGUCUCCUGUUUUCUGUUGUGUACAAGUCUGAGAUUUGACUUGAUUUCCAAGUCAGCUAGCUUAGAUAAUAUUUUUUGUCUCUGUGGCUAGAGUUUGGUAAAUGUAAUUCAGUUUUCUUGGAACCUAUUUAUAAAAAUUGUAAGCUUGUGUAGAUAAGAAUUGACAGAGGCAGGAAAAUCUCUGGGUUCAGGGCCUGCCUGGUCUACAGAGUGAAUCCAAGACAGCCAGGACUACACAGAGAAACCCUGUCUCAAAAAAAAAAAAAAAAAGGUGAGAGUGCAAGUCUUAAUUAUUUUUUAAACUAUUUAUGAAAAAUACUUGUAUCAGAACUUAUAUCUGUGGAUUAAUCUGUCAACAACCUGAGUGACCAACCCCACUGCUGGGUGUCUUUAAAACUUAGAAGAAUGUGUCACUGUCCAUUUCUCUUUCAGGUUUACACAUAAGCCAGUCCCUUUGUUUUGUUUUAGACUUGACUUUCAAAGCUUUUCAGUUAAAGCUUUUCAGAGAGCAUGAACCUAUGGACUAUAAGGCACUUGGCAGUUAGAAUGUCCACACAAAGUUUGUCUUUCAAAAUGGUUUAUUCACACAAACAUUACUUACAAUAUCAUGCUAAUAUAUAAAAAAGUUAAACAGAUGUUUCACAAAGCUGGGAAUAGCUGGGCAGAAGUGCUGCUACAGGGUUCCACUGGAGAUUUCAGAAGGGUGCAGGUUUGACCGCUGCCCACUGGGAAAUCCUUCAGUUGUGGUAGACUGGGAAGAGGUCCAGGAAGUCCUUGAGAGUGUAAGGUAAUGGCUAGCACUGACGGGUGCUUAAGUGGGCCAAUCAACAGUGCCAGGAGUUCAGAGGUCUCUGAGGCUAGGUCUACAAAGAGUCUAAAGUCCUUGAUACUAACACAGAGGCUAUAGAAACCUGGCACAGAGCAUUGGCAGUACAAUCCUAGAGACCACCCUCAAAGUUUUCACUUUUGUAUAUGGACUGCCAUAUCAGUGCCACCUUGGGGUUAGUUCAUUAGCAUAUCGAGGCCUGUCCUGAGCUAGGCUCAUAUUUGAGCUGCCAAUGGGAAGCUUCUGAGUCUAGUAGCAAACUCAAGCCUGAGUUACACAACAUAGUUUUUAAGCUAUGUUCAAUAUAAGUUUCCAGAAAGAUUCCCUUGGUGCUGGAGAGAUGGCUCAAAUGUUAAGAGCACUGGCUGCUCUUCUAAAGGUCAUGAGUUCAA